UGCGUCCUCUACACGCGCUGUCGAGGUCUCUCUAAGUUCUCACGCCGAGCCGCUCCCGCGCUCGGACCACCACCGGCGACGCGCCCAACCAUGGCGUCCAGCGCUCUGCGGAAACUCGGCGCCGUCUUCGGCGAAGGCCUCUCGGCUCUCGGAGAAUCGCGCGGCCCAGCCGCGAAAAUCGACCGCGAGUGGCUCAAGCGGCCGAACUCAGACGCCGGACUGAAGGAGACCUUUCAACAACGCGGCUCUCUCUCACCCCAACCCCCCUCGACUCCCCGUCACUCAGGUGACUCCUCCGCCUCGCGCGCUCCCGCCAGGCUCGGCCCGUCCGCUCGCUCGCCGAGGCUCUAUUCGUCCGUGGCGAGCGAAAACGAGACGCGGCGCGGCGCCGAAGAAUCCGGGCCAAAAAUAGAAGUCGUGCAGUCUAAGAGAAAAGUCCUGAUCAGGGUAGCCUAUCUGGGAACCAGGUAUUUCGGAUCGUCGAAGCAGCCGCAACAAGACGUGCCAACUGUCGAGGACUCUCUCGAAAAGGCGCUGUUCGCGUCCAAGUUGAUCUCGCCGUCCAACUUCGGGCGCCUAAGCAAAAUCGGGUGGUCCUCUUCCAGUCGGACCGACCGCGGCGUGCACAGCCUCUUUUCCUGCUUCUGCGCAAAGCUCGAGUACGACUGGGUGCGACUGGAUCACGGAAACGGCCGCUACACCUACGACAUAGCGGAUCAGUGUCUCCUCCUGCCAAACCUCGUCAACUCACACCUGCCAAGCGACAUUCGCGUGCUAGCCGCCGCUCCUGUACCCUCGAGCUUCGACGCGAAGAGAUUCUGCGUUCGCAGAGAAUACGAGUACCUGCUGCCCUACUCCGUGCUAAGGGGAUCUCUGUACGACACGAACCUCGCCAAGUUCGAUCGCAUGACUUCCUACAUCAAGGGCAGGCACUAUAUGCACAACUUGAGCAGACUCGACACCAAGAAGAGGAAGAAUAACAGGCAAGGAGCCGCCGUGGGAGACGCGGCCGGCGCGAGAGGCGACGUCGAUCAAAGCGCUUCUCGUGCAGAAGAAGGCUCGGCGAGCCAGGACCCAAACGAUGAUGCGCGGCGCGCUCAGCUCCCUCUCGAACCCGGCGACGACGAGCCCAUUCGCACCUCACCGUGCGUCUCCGCGAAGCGCGACAAUAGGUUCUACCGCGACAUCUUUGAACUUUGCCACAGUAAAAUUUUUGUCGACAACGCGCCAUACAUUCGAUUUUGUAUUGCCGGCAACAGCUUUUUGAAACACCAAAUCCGGUGCAUGAUUGGCCUCUUGGUCUGCGCCUCCCAAGGCCUGUUUUCCGAGGAGGCAUUCUGCGCGGCCAUCGACAGCCCGUUCACGUUCGUGAUUCCCAGAGCACCGCCUCAAGGACUCGUGCUGAUGCGCGCGACCUUCCACAAAGUGCAGUGGGUAGAAGGCGACGAGCAAGGGAAAAUUUUUGACAUGCAAAAAAAUUUCGUGUACCAACACAUUCACGACCAGUGGAAAAACGUCGAGCGCCAGUGGCCGAUGGACAGUCUGUUCAGAGGGACCAGUCCCGGGAUCGCCGGACAAGAGGAUUCCAAGCGCGAUUGCUUUCUCGGAGAGGACGACGAAGCUGGCGCGACGACCGAGCAAAACCGCGAAGACGCGCGCGGCGAAAACCCAUCCAAUUCAGAAGGGAGUCAGUCCGAAAUUUCGUCCCUUUUUUGUCCAAUUGUGCCUGUCUACCGCAAAGAUCCCUGGAGGGAGAUCCGAUCGCUGAAACCAGUCCAAAAUGUGUACGAAGUGAUCCCAGAAUACGAUCAGUGGUGGUCGCGGUACCAGCAAUCGAAAGAGCGCGCAGAAGCGCGAAGAGCAGUCAGAAAGGAGCUUAAGGCGACUGCUCGGAAGAGGGGAAACGCUGAUGCGAAGAGGGAGUCGGAAGGACGUGAACCAGAUUUAGAACUAAAAAAAAAAAAAAAUUAAAGGCAUCAACGACUAUUCAAAUUAUUCACUAUAUUCUAAAAGGACUAAAGCCACACCAGUACCUGUGCACCUGUCGAUACGACUGCUCAAAAACCUGAAACACCAUUCCAAAGGACUCAGUCAAAGCAUCGAUGAUCAGCUCAUUCAUAUACAAAAAUGCCUGUUUUUAUUUUUGCGUCUUCGUUCCUGCCUACAAAAUGGCAAAGGCAAAGAAGAAGGGCGACCAGUUGCAGAGUGAGCACUAUU